AUGAACAAAUUUCGUGAGAGCAUAGAACGAAUUGAGAAAGUCUAUUUAAUAUUGGGUUUGCUGGUAACGGCUGCGUGUGCCGAGAAGAAAAUUAAUUUAGAAGAUAUCGAGAGAGAUAAUCUGAGGGCGGAGAGUAAUGCCAAAGCCGAGAAUAUCCAUGACGAAACAAAGUACGCCGUUAAACCCAAUGUUAACCAGCAGCAAUAUCAAAUACCGAGCCAAUAUAAUAAUUUAGGUGGCCAUCUCGAUGGGGGAUCAUACAUCUCUUCCCAACAAUACCAGGAUUUAAAAUAUAGUCAGGUGCCGCCUGAGCAAUACAUUCAACCCAAUCAAUAUGCUGUUCACGAGGCACAAUACCAGCAACAAAAUCAAAUUCCACCGCAGCAAAAUAUUCCGCCAAUACAAUAUUACAACGGAUAUCAACAGCACGUGGAGGUACCUGCGAAAGGCGUUGUAUCGAGUGCCUUCGAAUCUCAGAAAUUCAGUUACCAACCGGAAGUAGUGGUAGGCAAUCACAUUCAAAGUGUUCAGCAAAAAGCAGUCACGGAAAAAUACACAAAUCCUGUUAGCAAAGGAACUAUUUAUCUCGAUGCUCCAGCGACACAACUGUUUUCUUACUAUCCUUAUUUAAAUAUUAAUUCCGUGGAUGCGAAAGGUGUCGGAUUGGUUCAACCUUCAUUACAUAACUUACCGAACGCAAUUCCGCAAAUUUCCGUACCUGUGUACACUCCUGUAUACAACCAAAAACCAUUAGUUUCUCCUAUCAAAACGCCCUUUCCAUACCCUACGGUCGUACCAACAACACUCCCGUCCAAGGUGACGAAAGGACCGGCUUAUACACUUCCGGUCACGUCGAAAAAGCUGAAUUCGUCUCCCUUGCCGGCCGUACCUUUGUACGUUCCACCCCAACAGUCGUUUGCUCAGGGAAAAAAGCUGUUGUACACGCAAGCUUACGUCGCGCCCUCGCAGCCGCAAUACAUACAACAAUUAAUUUACACGCAGCCCGGCGUGGUUUACACCGAUCCCACCGCCGCUUACAGUGAUCUCUACGCUCGUAUACCAGCGUACGUUCAGGAAAAUUCUCUUCACGGUCAAGUAAAUCAAUAUCAAACUCAGCAACAAGUAUACGUUACACCAACGAUUGGCCAUGAAGCCCCGAAAGAGGUACUGCAGGAGCAAGUCGGCCAAGAACUUCCACAGGACUACAUCAAGGUGCCCGAUGAGCCCAAAACUCACUUUGUACCGCCGCAGUUGCCGCCGCAGAAUUUCAAACCAGGCAUUACGCAACUGGAGCCUGUUUCCUACGAAGAUGAGGAGUCUUUGCAAGUGAAAGAUCACUCCUUGUCCUCGGGGCCGAAGUCGCUUCUUGAUACGUACAUUCCGAGCAAAAUCAUCGCGUCUCAGGAUGGUGCCAGGUACAGGGAAAGGCCGAUAACAUUGGAAGGGGGUUUUCUCCCCUCGAAAGUGAGUUUUGCGCUUAAGAAGCGCAAGUCCGAGUAA